AUGCCUCUAAACAACUCGGGAUCCCCAUCCCAGCCGAUCUUGCACCGCGUGGGACUGGUGGGAGCCGCAGCUCGCUUCUACCAGCGCUCGUAUGCGGCCGAUUACAUUGCAUUGGGGUUUCUGGCGAUGGGAUGGUUGGUAAUCCAAGUCUUCGUGAACCCGUUUCAUCGCAUGUUUUCCCUUGACAACAAGAGCAUUCAAUAUCCUUUCACCGUCCAUGAGCGGGUUCCAGUUGGCUUCUCUGUCAUCUACGCGGGUGUCAUCCCCUUCCUCAUCAUCCUCGCUUGGUCGGCCAUGCUACAACCCGGUGUGCACAAAACACAGGUCACGAUGCUGGGGCUAUUGGUAGCCCUGAUGCUGACCUCUUUCUUAACGGAUCUGAUUAAAAAUGCCGUGGGUCGACCUCGCCCAGAUCUCCUUUCGCGGUGCAAGCCUUCCCGAGGCACGGCCGACAAUGUUUUGGUCGCGUGGACAGUGUGCACCGAGUCCAAUCAACAUAUUUUGCAGGAAGGCUGGCGCAGUUUUCCCAGUGGUCAUAGCAGCUUUGCUUUCAGUGGGCUGGGCUAUCUGUCCCUCUUCUGCUGUGGCCAGAUGCAUGUCUUUCGACCUCGAACAGACCUGGCUCGGUGCUUGUUGGCAUUCUUCCCGCUCCUCUGUGCUGCCCUCAUUGCCAUCUCUCGCCUGGAUGAUUACCGGCAUGAUGUAUGGGAUGUGACGGUGGGUGCAAGUCUAGGGAUGUUAAUCGGCUGGUUCUCGUACCGCCGCUACUACCCGCCCUUGCGGUCAGUUCGAUGUGACGUGCCCUAUGACAAAGCCGACCUUGCUGGCUUAGAGGGAUUCAGCAAGCUUGAGGAUGAGGAGCAGGCAGUUUCACGGCCGCUUGUUCCACGCCAGCAGUCUGGGCAUGAGGAAAGCUACCAGAUGGAGCCUGCGGACAUGUCUAGCACUGCCUGA